AUGAACACACGUUUAUCACAACUUCAGAAAUUUUCUGUAUCUCAGGGACUUACCAUGGAGACCUCAAUGGGAAAGAACUUUGACAUCCCACCGGGCUCUCUCACUAUACUUCCUCUGGUAAUCAUAGUAAUCAUAGCAAUCAUCACUCCAUUUUAUAAUGGAAAUUUUGUUCCCCUUGCAAGAAAAUUCACUGCGCAUGAGACAUGCAUUACACACUUGCAAAGAGUUGGAGUUGGGUUAGUGUUGUAUGCCAUUUCAAUGAGCAUUGCAGGUCUGGUGGAGGUGAAGAGAAAAAAAUUAGCCAAAGACCCCAAUGGUAAUGUUGGAUUUUAUACCAAUGGUUUGAUGGAAUUCUUCUACAGUGAAGCCCCUUCUGGGAUGAGGUCCUUGGCCACUGCAUUUUCAUGGACUUCCAUGGCUUUGGGUUACUUUCUCAACAAUGUUUUGGUCAAAAUUGUGAAUUGUGCAACUCAUAUGACUAAAACCCAUAGAUGGCUAGGUGGAAACAAUCUGAACCGCAACCAUCUUAAUCUGUUUUAUUGGUUGCUUGCUAUUUUGAGCAUGCUCAACUUUGUCAACUAUCUCUACUGGUCCAGAUGGUAG